AUGGGAGACGAUGCGAGGAAGAUUGCCGGAGACGGGGAGGCGAGGCCGCCACCGAAGCUCCCCAUCCCCGGCCGGCGGAACAUCCUCAUCACGAGCGCCCUCCCGUACGUCAACAACGUCCCCCAUCUCGGCAACAUCAUCGGCUGUAACGUGCCACUCUCUCUCCGUCUCUCUGUCUCUCUUUCUUGUGGUGCUUUUGGCGGAUAUAUCUCGAGUAAGGCGAUGUUGGAUCAUCCGAGUCUUCUCUGUAACUUUUUCAGGUGUUCUGAGCGCGGAUGUGUUCGCUCGGUACUGCCGGCUCCGGGGCUACAAUGCUAUUUACAUCUGCGGGACCGACGAGUACGGCACCGCCACAGAGACGAAGGCCUUGGAGGAGAACAGCACGCCAAAACAGAUUUGCGACAAGUCCGUGCCCUUUUACUCGUCGAAUCUUGUGCUGAUUUUUUCUGGAGCCAAUAGUUAUGAGCAACCAUUUAAUUACUAUUUUUUGGAUAUCGCCUCGUGAUGGUAGCGCAGCAGAAGAUCUAUGAAUCUGUUGCUAUAGCACUAGAUCAAUUCCAAUGCCUGAUCAGCUCGCUAUGCACAUCUGAUAGACCGAUAAUGAGUCUCACGACGGCAGAAUUGGAUGCUUUUUCUUUCCCUUCACGUACUUUUGUAUUGUUUUAUGUUCAGGUACCAUGAAAUCCACAAGGCGAUUUACAAGUGGUUUGACAUAAGCUUUGAUCAGUUUGGCCGCACUUCUAGCCCCCAGCAGACGGAGAUCUGCCAGGCCAUCUUCCAGAAACUCUUAGAGAGCAACUGGCUCACAGAGAACACCAUGCAACAGGUCAGUCUCUCUCCCCCGGAUCAUUUGAUGACUUCAUUUCAAUCAUCCUCUGUGUCUUCUGUCGUUAUUAACUUUCGGUGAACGUCUGCCAAAACACAGCUUUAUUGUGAUAACUGCAAAAAAUUCCUGGCUGACCGGCUGGUUGAAGGAACCUGUCCCACGCCAGGCUGUAACUAUGAGUCUGCACGGGGUGAUCAAUGUGAGAAAUGUGGUAAACUGUUGAACCCGACCGAAUUGAAGGAUCCCAAGUGCAAGGUGCAUAUCGUGAAUGCGAAGUUCGACCAUACCCAGAACAUCGUCUUGUAGCUGAUUUGAGACUGGUUUUUGUAUAAACCUUGCAGGUAUGCAAGGCGACUCCAAGAAUCCGCGAUACUGAUCACCUUUUCCUGGAGCUCCCUCUGUUGAAGGAUAAAUUGGAGGAGUAUAUCAACCGCAUGUCCGUGGCUGGUGGGUGGAGUCAAAAUGCUAUUCAGGCCACCAAUGCAUGGCUGAAGGAAGGGCUGAAACCUCGAUGCAUUACUAGGGACCUGAAGUGGGGUGUCCCUGUCCCACACGAGAAGUACAAGGACAAGGUUUCUUGCUGAAUCGCUCGACAUCAUUUCAAUGGAGUAUUCAAUUUAUGAAAUAACAUCGUUCUGGUGCAUACAUCAGUGCUACAAAUAAACAGAGACUAACUCAUUUCAGCCGCUGGUUACUGUAAACAUGACUUCGUUCAUACUCUGUUAUAUUUUCUGAACCAUUUUUUUUGAUGAAGCAUGUAUGAAAAUGAAUUUAUUGAAGUAAUACAUCGAGCUUUCCUCAAGCAUAAAAUGAUGAAAAUUUCAAACAUAAACAUGCCUUGUGAAAUUCAUUUUAUUGAGUAGACUUUAUUUUUUUUUAUUCUUGAAAUCAAUGGGGAUUAAGCUUGUUCAUCACUCGAAAGUAAAAUUGACCUUCUUAUUUGAAAUUCGUUGUUGACAAUGUACUUGAGAUAAUGGCUAAUUUCAUGAUGUCAUAUUGAUAACAUACAUUCUAAUUUUUACCAGGUUUUUUAUGUUUGGUUUGAUGCUCCAAUUGGCUAUGUAUCUAUCACCUCGUGCUAUACACAAGAAUGGGAAAAGUGGUGGAAGGACCCAGAAAAUGUCGAGUUAUUCCAGUUUAUGGGCAAGGAUAACGUCCCAUUCCACACGGUAAUAAAUUUCUUGCGCUUUCAUACGUGAUUCAUUUGAGAAUGCUCUCUUGAUGUCUUUAACGUGUAAGUGCGUGCAGUAGAGGUGUUGAGGGUUUGCAACAACUUGUUAAACCUGCGAAUUAUGUUUUAUGAUCAAAGGCAACACACUUGGAAAAUAAUGAAUGUACUGAAUAAAGAGAAAGUAUAUACAUCAAGAAACGAUCUUUCUACUUUUUCAGCGAAAAAUCCAUUGAAUGUUUUAUCAAAUCAAUGUCUCCUGUAAUUAAGCACAAUUUAAGUUCAGGGAUGUUCAGAACGCUUACAUCACUGCAAGUUCCUUAAUACAUGGGGGGAUAUACUCAGUUUAACCUAGUUAGGCUGUUUCCUUCUUAAUGCCCAAAACCUACCGACCAGUGGACAGGGGGAAGACGAAUGGCUUCCUAAUUUCUAAAAAAAUUAUUGUGUAAUUUUUUGGUGAUGACUAUCUACUUGGUAUUAACGGCACUGAUGGUGUAAAAUAAUCUGCCUGCUUGGGUCAACUUUGGCUGUGGAGCAUCUGCUAAGAACCCCAUGAGGGCCAGUUAGCAGUUAUUCCAGCUGGUGGCGAACUACUCUUCUUGUUUUCUGAGUAUGACCUUGCGAAUGGGGGAAACGUUCAAUUCUUCUAGGCAUGAUGAAUAAUCUUUUCAAAGAUAUCUACCAGGCUAGAAUACAUUGAUGCAUUGAAAUAAUGCUUAAUCAUAGAUGGGGUAAACAAGCUUUCUGAAAGCAAAAAUCACGAAGAAAUUUGUCUCUUUUCUUAACGAUAUGGCUGUCACCUCCUUUACAUGUUAUGUAAUUGCCACCGUUGGUUCUCUUUUUUUUCUCUUUCUCACAUUGUUCUGUUCUGAGACUUAGGAGAUACCCAGUGCAGUCAUUCUAUUGUUAUAUUUAUUAGUUUCACUGUAAUAUGCUACCUCGAAUUAAAUUUGUAUGCUCAUCUUUUGAUCCCGCUAACUUCACUCAAAAUUCAGAUUUCUGUGAUUUUCUUUCUUCUGCAUAAUUUUAUGAUUCUCUAAAUAGUUUCAAUCUUGUAAUAUUGAAACUGCCAGGUGAUGUUUCCUUCUUCUCUCCUUGGAACUGGUGAAAAUUGGACUCUGAUGAAGACCAUUAGUGUGACAGAAUAUUUGAAUUAUGAAACAGGUAUUCUUAACAAUCUAGUCAGUUUCAUUACAUAGGUAGUUGUAUUGCUAUGCUUUUCAAGACUCGAAAAGAUUAUCUCAAAGUCAGAGGAUGGGUCGUGCUGACUUGGAUUAUGUUAACCUCAUAGUUGGUAGUAUACACUGGUAAGGAUCUAGCAGAAGAAAAUGAUCAGUCCGUGUUGCACCUGUAACCCAAUCAUGGAUUGUUUCUUUGGAGUAUAUAUAUAUCUGAAUAAAGGUGAAAUGGGGAGAUUGCAUUGGAAUGAGAGGAGGUGCGGGAAUUUGCUUCUCAUUAUGGAUUGUGAGGGAAGGAGAGGAAUUAUUGUUUCAUGCAUUGCUUUCUCUUUUACAGUACCCUCAGAGCUGCCCCGGCUCCUAUUGGGUUGUUUAAGUAAGGUUGUGGCGCUUCCAUAGCUGGCUCAGCCGUUGCCACAGUUGCCAUUUCUAUUGACCGUGAUCAGCUGCUUUCAUCAGCUGAUAAUUGCAGCUCAAUUCCAUUUCACGUUUGUUUUGUUUUGGCAGCCUUAGGCUGUCUGCGGGGAGAGCAAUUUGCUGCAUUAGGUGUUAUUUUUAUCAGAAUCUGUGUUGAUACUCCGUUGCUGCAAUUUCUUCUCAAAAUUAGAUAUUCUUAUGCUAAAUAAUUGUUCAAUAGGCACAGACAAUACAGCCACCGCUGCUGAUGUUAGUAUUCGCUGCAGGAAAUUGACGUAACUGUGUCUGUAAUUUAUUUUGCAGCUCCACUGUGAGACCACAAGUUUUAUAACAUUUUUCUAUCGUUUGGAAGGUGUUUUACCGGAGCAAAUAGUAUGCAUCUAUUGCCUUUUGAUCCGUAUCGAACUAUAGAGAUAGUGCAAUCAAUUGUGGAGUUCGCCUGUAACAUGCACAUAGAUAAAUAUGUUUAACAGUGCUAUGCCAUCCUAAACUGAUACGGCUCAACUUGGAUAAAGUUUUAAACAAUUACAACUUGGAUAGUGCAAUCAUGUGCACCGACUCCGAUCAGCUGACAAUCUGGUCUUUGUUUGAUCAUUGAUAUGUUGCAUUGACAAUUCUUGAAUGCCAAGUUGGUAUUUUUCUGCAAGUUCACAUCGCGAAGGACUGAUUACUACGUAUGUGACAUUUUUUCUGUCCUGUUCAUUAAUAUGCAGGAAAGUUUUCCAAAAGUAAAGGAAUAGGUGUUUUUGGUACUGAUGCUAAAGAGACGAAGAUUCCCGCAGAAGUGUGGAGAUACUAUUUACUGACUAACAGACCGGAGGUGAGUCACAACAAUGAAAUUUAUUUAUUUAUUUGAAAAGUCAAAAUUACCAUUUUGUUCUGUGCUUCAGUGCUUACUCCUUGUCUUUUUGUGCGCCCUAGGUAUCCGAUACAUUGUUCACGUGGGUAGACUUGCAGGCCAAAUUAAAUAGCGAGUUGUUGAGUAAUUUAGGCAACUUCGUCAAUCGGGUUUUGAGUUUUAUAGCAAAACCUCAAGGUUUGUUGAUUGUUUAGCAUUUUUUUUGCGUUCUUAUCGAACACUUUAUUACAUUGCAAACUAUAUAUAAGCGAAGUGAGAUGUCACUGCCCUUCUGAUGAUUUCGAUUGAAGUAGGUCAUGCUGAUAAUUGUUGAAAGCUCGAGUUUUGGUUACCAAAUAAGACAGCAACAUACGUCCAGUGAACGCUCUUCACUGGUCAUAAGGGCAUCAAUACAGUUGCUUCUGUUCGUUGAAGAUAUGUGGAUGACACUUUCUAUUCAUCUGAUUGGAUGCAUGUGGAGUGCUCUCUCUGAUGACAGCAUUUCCUUCUCACGUUCAAUGACUGUCAUCCUGUAGAACUCAGAGUGCUUAAUGACUUCUGACCACAAAAGGGUCAUUCGAGAAUUGACUGGAGUUUACAGCUUUUGUUUGAACAGAAGAUGAAUGGUUUUAGGUUUUGGAUCCCUUCUAAAGGAGUUUGACUGCUUAACGUUUCACAUUUGGCGUCAGGAGAGCACUAUGUCCUAAGUGUCUGUAAUGAAUGUGGUCUUACAAUAAACGAAUAAUUUUGUGAAUAAGAUAUUCCAAGCUCGGUAGUUCCUCUGUUCUUUUACAUGAAUUCUUGAAUGGUUCUGAUUCGAAGUGAUCAUUUAACUGCAGGUUCUCUUCUCUUCAGUCUGGUCUAUGUCCUAAACCUUACACAAACCCCUGUUUCUUGAUUUUGCAUAGCAUGGUUUACUGUAUUUAUUGUUUUCUUUUUUGGGUCUAAAUUUCUUCUCUAAUGAAUUAUUUUACCAUUUAUCCUGAUGGUAUUUCUGAACUUAUUCAGAACCUUAUUAUUGAUCAUUUUUAUAAAUUUAUUAAUUAUAGCGCAAAUUUCUCGAGUUUUAAUUCAUCCAAACAAAUAAAAUGCAAGUGCUCGUACAUCGGUUCAUAUACUUUUUUCUUCUCUUUUGACUCAUAGUGCUAUCCUUUUGCAGGACAGGGGUAUAACUCGAUCAUUCCUGAUGUUCACAAUCCAGAGUCACAUCCAAAGACUAAAGCCUUCGCAGAAAAAGUGGGCACUUAUGUUGACCAGUAUGUCGAUGCCAUGGAGAAGGUGACAAAGUCAACGUUUUUCGUGCCCCUAUUGCAACCUUGCCCAUAUAUGGCUUGUUGCUAGUUCCGCUAUUGGUUUUCAUUUCUCAUAGGUAGAACGCAUUUUACUAUUACAGGUAAAAUUAAAACAGGGUUUAAAGACUGCAAUGAGCAUUUCCAGCGAGGGGAACUUUUAUCUACAGGUGAGGAUUUCCGUUUUCUAUCAUAAAAUUUCUUUGGGAACCGGCCCAUGUGGACUCUGGAUCAUAUAUAAUUUUCGUUUUGUUCAUAGGACAAUCAAUUUUGGAAGCUUUUCAAGGAAGACCCUGCCUCGUGCGCCAUUGUGAUGAGGACAUCUGCAGGCAUUGUGUACCUUCUGGCCACAUUGCUGGAGCCCUUCAUGCCUUCCUUCUCUGUUGAGGUGAUUAGGGCAUCCUCUGCAUGCUGUUCUUAAUUUUUUUCCAUUUUCUGGGUAUUUCUGAAAUUUUCCGUCUGCUUCCAUGAAGGUGCUGAAGCAGCUCAACCUUUACGGGGGAGACCAGCUCUCUUUCUCUGAUGAGAAUGGAGACAUCCUCCAGGCGAAGAACCCUUGGAAUAUCAUCCCAUCUGGCCACAAGAUUGGCACGCCGCAACCUUUGUUCAAGGAAUUGGUAUCCACCAUAAUCCUGAAUGCCAUGGAUCUUGCGUUGACUUUUUUAGAGCUUCAGUCACCAGUGGGGAAGCUAUAUAUUGCUGAAUAUAUAAUCCAAUGAUCUAAUGGCGGUGAGUUUUGGUUGCAGAAAGAUGAAGAGGUGGAGUUUUUCAGGGAAAAAUUUGCAGGGAGUCAAGCAGAUAGGCUUCUGAAAGCGGAGGCUGAGUCAAAAAAGAUCGCCGAACAAGUGAAGAAUGUAGCAAUCUCAGGUUCUCUCUGUAUUUCCCACCUGAUAUCCUGUGACUCAUCUUCUUCCCACAUCUGGGCAUUCACCAUUUUUGGUAAUAAAAAUUACAGAAAAUUGGAUAGAACACAUCAGAAACUGCCUUUUAUUACAUUUAAUUAGAAAAUAUUUUAUAUGGGUGUGAACCGUGAUGGGCUUGCCAGUGAUUCCAUAUAUGUUUCACACUUUUUUGCCUUUUUUAGAUUAAAUACUCAGCUGAUGUUCAUCUGUAUGAUUGGCUCCUGAGUCCUCUUGUUCUUCUUUUUUUCCUCCUCCUCUUUUCCACAGAUGGAAAGGGGAAGAAAGAAAAGCAAUCUAAGGCCGCAUCCGGGGCUAAGUCAAAGUCUGAACCUGAGAUUUCCAUUUCGAGACUCGACAUCCGUGUGGGUCUUAUCACUAAAGUCCAGAAGCACCCAGAUGCGGAUUCCCUCUACGUGGAAGAAAUCGACGUGGGUGAAUCAUCUCCCAGGACUGUGGUCAGCGGCCUCGUCAAAUACAUUCCUAUCGAUGAAAUGCAGGUCAAUCUCCUUCUACCGUACAUCAUAUUUAUAUGUAGAAAUAUGAUUAAGAUGAAUGGUUGACCCAAAUCUUUCCAUAAUUGUCUCUGAUUAGUGCCUAAUUUUGUGCUUUCUCUUGGCAGAAUCGGAAAGUCUGCGUUCUCUGUAAUCUGAAGCCGGCGACCAUGAGAGGGAUCAAGUCCCACGCCAUGGUCUUAGCUGCUUCUAACGAGAACAAGGUAAAGAUUUCAUUUUUUUUCCCCGGGUUUUUGGGUUCUAAUCUCUCUCUAGAACCCUAGAACGCAGUCCUCUCUCCAAACUGCCGCAUCGCCAUGAAAUUCUCUUUCAAUGGGCUCGUUUCUAUGAGAUGUAAUAACACAAAAAAUAUACAAUUAUUUUAUUUUCUGCAGAGGAUCUGAUUUUCUAUUUUUUUUUAAUUUUUUAAUGUCUAGGUGGAGCUGGUCGAUCCGCCAGCGUCAGCUCGUGUGGGGGAGAGGGUAACCUUUCCAGGAUUCUCGGGGGAACCUGAUGACGUGCUCAACCCGAAGAAGAAGGUCUGGGAGACCCUGCAACCCGACCUCCGCACCGACUCGGAGCUAGUGGCGCUCUUCAGGGACGUCCCCCUCACCACCUCGGCCGGCGUCUGCAGGGUGGCCUCCAUAGCCGGCGGCGUCAUAAGGUAG